UUUACAGGUCCUGAAGGCUGUAAUCUUUUUAUAUAUCAUUUGCCGCAAGAAUUCACCGACACCGAUUUGGCAUCAACUUUCCUGCCAUUCGGAAAUGUAAUUUCCGCCAAAGUCUUCAUCGAUAAACAGACAAACUUGUCAAAAUGUUUUGGUUUUGUGUCGUUUGAUAACUCAGAAUCGGCGCAGGUAGCCAUUAAGGCAAUGAAUGGUUUUCAAGUGGGCACCAAGCGUCUAAAGGUGCAACUUAAGAAACCCAAAGAUGCCUCCAAGCCAUACUAACAUAGAAAGCAACAAUUGCAACUAAAAAUUCACCUCCCCAUAACAAGCAGCAAAACAUCAAACGUAUUUAGCAAAUACCUUUGGGAAAGUAAACAGCAGAUGUGUUUAACCUAGAAAAUGCUGUAAAUUCUUUUAUCCUUAAGAAAGGAGGUAAAUUUUUAAAAUUGGAUUUUGAAAACCAUCAAAUUGUUUUAAGUUUCUUUAUUUUUUAAAUAACUAGACUUUUAAAGUUUUGUGAAUUUUUAAUUUAAAUGAAUUUGAAUUUCUUUUUUUAUAUAAUUUUAUAAAUUUGGUUAAGUGUUUAGUUGUAGUUUAUAU